CCUUCCUCAACUGUGCCCGGAGCUGAGGAGAUGGGUCUAUCGUUGAGGUUGCUUGUGGUGGUGGCGGCGGCCAUUUUGGGCGCGGAGUGCUCGCAAGAUGUAAUGAAACAGAUGACCAUCAAUUUUGGAAAAGCGUUGGAUACGUGCAGAAAGGAACUUGAUCUGCCAGACUCCAUAAACGCGGACUUCUACAACUUCUGGAAGGAAGGCUAUGAGCUCAGCAACCGGCACACGGGAUGUGCUAUCAUGUGCCUCUCCUCAAAACUGGACCUCGUCGACCCCGAGGGGAAACUGCACCAUGGAAACACCCAUGAGUUCGCUAAGAAACAUGGCGCUGAUGAUUCCAUGGCGAAGCAAUUGGUAGAGCUCAUCCACAAAUGCGAGAGUUCGGUGGUGGAUGACCCAGACGCAUGCAUGAAGGUGCUCAACAUCGCCAAGUGCUUCAAGGCCGAGAUCCACAAGCUGAACUGGGCUCCCAGCAUGGACCUGAUUGUUGCCGAGGUGUUAGCCGAAGUUUAAUGGACCGAGGCUUGGACACUUGACCUUUGACUUGGAUAUUGGACAGCUCUAGUUUCAUAUUUGGGAUAUUAACAAACUUAAUUUUUUUGCUACAACAAUUGGUUUUGUACAGAAAAGGAAAACAUUCAGACUAUUCUGUUCCUGAAUUCCAGUUUUAUUCGUCUCUAUGUUUAGACGUUUAGAUAAUUUAUCAUACCUACCAAAAUUAUUAAAAUAUUUUAUUAUCAAUUCCUUUUGCUACUAAUUGCUACCAAUUCCAAAUGAUCUCAAUUUCUGCCAUAAUUAGGUAUUUAUUCCACGUAUCUUCAUAAAGCUGAAUCUUUAAUUUGCAAACUCGGAAACAACUUCA